AUGAAGGAUUACGUUGCUGCAUCAGGAAGCGCCUCAAAAAAAGAAAAUGUUGAGAUUGUGAUUGCUCCACCUUAUCAAAAAAUGGAUGCUGCAGCAAGGCGCACUGGUUUUGUGAAAAAGCUGCUUGAACAAAUGAAUAAAGAGGAUUUAGCCGUAAAAAAUAAUGCUGGCAAUACGGCCUUUUUUCUUGCAGCUGCAUCCAAAAGGGUUGAAAUUGUCAAGGCUAUGAUGGAGAAGAAUGAAGACAUAGUAAAGAUUAGAGGAGACAAUGAUAUGUUACCGAUUCACAAGCCAGCUCUAGAGGGAGACAAAGAGAUGGUAGAAUAUCUUUACGAAGCCACUGGAGAUGAGUUAUUGGAUAAUAAUGAUUGCUUCCACUUGCUCAUCAAUCUAAUAAACCAUGGUUUGUAUGAUGUUGCAUUGGAUUUGGUGAAGAGGCAUCCAGAGAGAGCUCUUGCACGUGGUAAAAAUAAGGAGACAGCAUUGCAUCUCUUGGCACGAAUGCCUGUAUUGACACAUACCGGUCAAGAGAUUCCCGAUUCAGCUUUUGAACUAGUCGAACAUCUUUGGAAACAAGUUAUGCUUUUGGAUGACUCCCAAAUUUUGGAAAUUAUUAGAAAACCUUGGUCUCUAAUAUUCGAGGCUGCAAAACAAGGAAACUUUCGGUUUCUAAAAAGAAUUUUCUGCACAUAUCUUGAUCUAAUGUUUGAAGUUGAUGAAAAUCAUUACACCAUACUUCAUUUUGCUGUUAUGUAUCGUCGCCUUAACAUUUUCUACUUCAUUUAUGACAUCGGUCGAUUUAAGGAUAUGGUAGUUCGGGACACAGAUAAAGAAGGGAACAAUAUCUUGCAUUUGGCUGCAAAGUUGCCACCAGCAGAUAUACCUGAUAUUGAAUCGCCUGCAUUACAUAUUCAAAUGCAAAUUGACAAGUGGUGGUUCGAGGAAGUGAAGAGAAUUACGCAUCCAGUGUAUGCUGAAGCUAAAAAUAAAGAUGGAAAAACUCCUAGAGCUUUAUUUACUGAACAGCACGAAGAUUUGAGGAAUAAAGCUGAUAAAUAUACCAAGAAGAUUGCAACUGCAUACAUCACGGGGUCAACACUUAUUGCCACUGUGGUUUUCGCUACACUUUUCACGUUACCAGGUGGCACCGAUGAAAAUACAGGGACUUCACAUUUUGUUCGAAGAGCUUCCUUCAUAGUUUUUACAAUAUCAGAUACUAUAGCAUUGCUAUUGUCCUCUUUCUCUAUAAUAGUGUUCUUAGCUGUUAUCUCUUCCCAAUGUGAAGAAGCAAAUUUCCUUAAUCGGGUGCCUGGUAAUUUGGCUUUGGGAUUACACUUACUUCUACUCUAUGUAAAAGCAGUAAUGGUAGCGUUUAGUGCAACUGUGUUCAUUGUCUUCAAAGAUAAGUUGCGAUGGACGCUUGUUCUUCUUACUGUAAUGGUUAUUUUCGCAAUCGCCAUGUACAAGGGUAGAGCUUGGACUAUCUAUGGAGAAGUGAUGCAUUAUACCUAUAAAAACUGGUGA